AUGUCAGAUACAAACUCGUAUAUAAUCGUUAUCAAGCUAGGGACCUCAUCUUUGGUGGAUGAGGUUACUAGGGAACCAAGAAUUGCAAAUAUGUCACUUAUAGUGGAAACUAUUGUCCAACUUCGUCGCCAGGGACACAAGAUCGUACUUGUUUCCUCUGGAGCCAUUGCCUUUGGAAUGAAAAGGGUUGGCAUGUCUAGCAAACCAACAAAGUUAGCUGCAGUUCAAGGAUUGGCGUCAAUUGGUCAAGGUCGCUUAAUUGGGUUAUUUGAUGAUCUCUUCAGGCAAAUGAAUCAGACUAUUGGGCAGAUUUUACUUACAAGAAAUGAUAUAAGUGAUUUCACUCAGUACAAAAAUGCUAAAAAUACAUUGCACGAAUUAUUGGAUAUGGGAGUGAUUCCAAUUGUAAAUGAAAAUGAUACUUUAUCAGUUGCAGAAAUUAAAUUCGGUGACAAUGAUACCCUUUCAGCAAUUACUGCGGGUAUGGUUCAUGCCGACUAUUUAUUCUUAAUGACGGACGUUCAAUGUUUAUACACUGACAAUCCAAGGAAGAAUCCAAAAGCAGAGCCUAUACUUGUGGUAGAUAAAGUUGAUGAUUUGGUUGUGAAGACUGAUACAGAAUCUGGCGGUUCCCAGGUUGGAACGGGGGGUAUGACUACAAAAUUAAUCGCGGCGGGAUUAGCUACUAAUGUUGGUGUCACUACUAUAAUAACCCUUUCUAGUCAACCAGACUCUAUUCUAUCUAUUGUGGCAAAUAUUCAGUCUAUGGACAGAAGUGAUUUAUCCAUUGAAGCUCAAACUAAAUAUAUUGCUAGUGAGAUUAAGGCAAACAAAAUCCCUCUUCACACACGUUUCUUAGGGUUACCUCGUGCUACUAAGAUAAUAUCUGAUAAAAGAUUCUGGUUAUUACAUGGAAUAAAAACUAAAGGGGCUUUAUAUAUUGAUCAAUUAUGCUAUGAAGCCUUGACUAGAAAAGACAGAGCUGGUUUACUCCCAGUAGGUGUUGUGGCUGUUGAGGGCAAUUUCCAUGAAAGUGAGUGUGUCUCAAUAAAUGUUAUCCCUGAAAGAUCUUCUCCUUUGUCUGAGGGCCUUGAAGUUGGAACCUGCAGAGUGAAUUAUAGUGCCAUUGAAAUAAAUUUGAUAAAAGGUUUACACAGUAGUGAAAUUGAAACAGUUUUAGGAUUCGCUGAUAGUGAAUAUAUUGCUCAUAGAGACAAUUUAGCAUUCCAACCAACUUUACCUCCUUCUACUGAAUCAUUGUUUGACAAUCAUUAG